AUGUCUAAGACAUUAACCAUCAACGAGAUGGAUGUGUUGCGCGAAGACAACCAAAGACUGACCAAAGAGUUGUCAAUUGAGAGACAAUUAUCUGAUUUCGACGGCACGGACUCUAAUAACACGGCAGUCAAUGCGCCAACCGUUCAAUUAAUGACCCGGACUUCUGCCGACCAGUCGUUGACUUCCGGCACCCCAUCUAUGGCUUGCAAGACAGAAAACGGGUCGCACUUGAGUCAGGUCGAGCGUAUGGCCGAUUUGGUGGUCACCCGACUACUACACACGGCUAGUGAUCACCCGCAGUGUCCGCUCCAGAGUUGCACCGAUUUGGGUGAAUAUAUUGGAACCGAGUUUCACUACAUGAGUGAACUGAUGCGGCGGUCGUGCGGCCAUAGCGUUGGGAUCAAUUGCCAGUGUCUGUCAUCACCACCACAACAGACAUUCAGUCUUCCAGUACGCGAUAUAACGCCGGCGUCCGUACGAGUCGAGCGGAAUAGGAGGUCAGACACUGGCCAACGGCCGCGUAUGGAUCGCUCGGCUUUCGGUCACGGCUUUGACUACUGGUGUUCGUGGCCGGGCUGUGACCGCGCCUUUCAAACCAAGUGUGCACUUCGUGACCACUACGAGACCACUCAUGCGGCCAACCGGUUGCCAGUGUAUGCGUGCCGUUGGCCCGGAUGUGACUAUAAGACCAAUGAUAAGCAUGGGUUAGUGAAGCACAGCCAUGGCGUACCCGAAGCCAAAUCACACCAUAAGAUAAUCGUCAGUAAGACAUGGAUACCGGAGACGUGUCAUAUGGCCAGCGAUAUCGAUGGCCAACAGUUGUUCACUCCCGACGAUAUCAGUGAACCCAAUCUUGUCAUCGACUUUAAUGGCACCCAAAGUGAUGAUCGAAGCGCUGAUCCAAUAGUUUUUGAUAGGCCGCCGCUGACAAUCACAGGUCAAGUCACGGCACCGGCAACUGAUCCCAAAGUCUAUCAAUGCCUGGAGUGUCCCAAAUCAUUGCCCACCAGAAGAGGCUUAGAAAUACACAACGGUUUGCGUCACAGAAAGACACGCAAUGGUCGGCUCAAAAGGUAUAGAUGUCUUCGCGUGGACUGCAGGCGUCGGUUCGUAUCGCUGGACAAACUACGCGACCACGCGGUCAGUGUUCACCAGCGGCGGCGGUAUCCGUGCCCUUACGACAGGUGCGGCCGAUCGUACGCCACCACAGAUGGCCUUCGGGUUCACACAAUUGUCUGUCACCGAAAGCCCAGCGCCCGUACUAUUGGUAGCGAUUUGUUAGACACGGACUUCGGCCCCAACAACACCGCCAACAGUGGCCGCCAUAUAUCACACGAUAAGCUAAUCAGCGCGAAGACGCGGUCACCCGAAGAGUGUCUGUCGCCCAGCGAUAUGUGUGCUCAACAAUUGGCCACCAAUGACGACGACGACAGCGACGAUACCAUUGAACCCAAUCUCGUCAUUGACUUAAAUGGUUCCCUAAGUGAUGAACAAAGCGCUGAUCAGCAAGUUUUUAGCUGCAAUGACGGCCAUAAAGUGGCGGAUCAGCUAAAGAUACGGCUAAAUAGGCACGAAGAAGAUACGCCGCCUCUGACGAUGACAGGUGAUUCCUUUCACCGGAAACCCGUGGAUCAGUUGCACGCGUCCGGCGAUCAACAGUCGGUCGCUCAGAUGGCCGGACAUAUCACCGCUGGUUUUGUUAAGGACUUGACGCCAAUACCAGCCGUACAUAACGGCAGUCAAAGCAACUACAAUGGCACCAAAAAGCGGUCUCUAAUGAACGGAACUAAUGAGACACAAGUGGUGGACAAUGAGACCACACAAGAGAUUAUUGAUUUGCUCGACAGUGACAACGACUGCAUUGAAGACACCACUAAUAUAUCGUCGACAGCACAGUCGGUGUUGUUCAGCAUUGUCUGUCCGGUGAACGCGUGCGGCAAACGAUACCCAAAUAAGAACUCUUUCAAGAACCACGUGAUGGCCGCACACCCGGGCAUAAACGUACCGAUGACAGCACGCGUUAAGCCCUAUCCCUGUCCGCGAAUGGAUUGUUUAAAAAGCUAUCAAUCGGUUCAAUCACUGCAGCAACACAUCCAGAUCUACCACCGAUUAUCUACAGCACCGGCGACGACAACAAUAACAACACCGGCGCCAAAGCCAUCGCCGCAGCUGAAGCCCUAUCCGUGUCCGCACGACGGCUGCGGUAAAGGGUUUGAAUCCAAACAGUACCUCACUGUUCACGUAAUGAGAGCACACUCUAUGGCCACCGAUGCUAUCAAAACCAAUAGCGAUACCAUUGAACCCAAUCUCGUCAUUGACUUAAAUGAUACCCAAAGUGUUGGAAAAGGUUUUGAUCCAAUAGUUGCCGCUAUACGGAGUCGGGCGGCUACUGGUGUUGUCCAAGUAAUUGACAUUAAGAAGCCGGUGACGGACACCGCAACUCUGGACGGGAUCCAGUGUCCCGACUGUGGCAAAGACUUUAGUAACAAACAUGCGAUGCGUUUGCACUAUAAGUAUAAACACUCGCCGAUUGGCCGCCAGCGAGUCUAUGCCUGCCAUUGGCCCGGAUGUCACUAUAAGACCAAUGUUAAGAGCAAUUUAAAAGUGCACCAAUUGGUCCACAGCGAGGACAGGCACUACCCGUGCGAAUGGCCCGGUUGUGAAUUUAGGGGCAAACUUAAGAGCAAUUUAAAUGUGCACCAAUUGGUCCACACCGAUGACAGGCCCUACGCGUGCAAAUGGUCCGGUUGUGACUAUAGGGGCAAACCCGUCGAGUAUAUCAACGAUCUGUGGUUUAGAUGCCGUGUCAGUCAUGUCGAGCCCGUUAUCCAUAGGCUGUGGUGUCUGUUCUUCGCCGCCAUUCUCUAUACAGAAGAAUAA